UUAUCCCUUGCAGACUUGAGUUCUGCUAUAAACAUGCCGGCCAUUGCCUCCCUCCUUUCUCCUGUUUAAGGUUCUUGAUUCGUGGUGCAGACUAGAAAGCUUUAUCCUGACAUGUCAGGGGACCGUUUCACCGGCGCGCCGGCGUCAAAUGGCCCCCCGGCUCCGUACCCGCGGCAGCAGAACUACAGCUUCAACGGGCGCGUCCUGCUUAUGGCCGCCUUCCUCCUUUUCGGGCUCACCAUCUUCUUCACCCUCAUCCGCUUCUUGCUGUACGUGUUAGUGGCGCGGUCGGGCGGCCGCCGUCGCCGCGGCAGCUUCACCGCCGGCAUCCUGCGGUCCAUCAACUCUUUUGGCGGAACUAGCGGUCGGCGUGGGCUGGACGCCUCCGCGCUCUCCGCGCUGCCGGUCACCACGUACCGGAAGGAGGGCGCCGCCACCGCCGGGGCUGACUGUGCCGUGUGCCUAUCGGAGCUCGCCGAUGGAGAAAAGGUGCGGGAGCUGCCCAACUGCGGGCACUCGUUCCACGUGGAGUGCGUCGACGCGUGGCUGCGCUCCCGGACGACCUGCCCUCUCUGCCGCGCCGAGGCUGAGCUGCCCAAGGGGAACGACAAGGCGGAGGUGGCGGCGCAGUCGUCGUCGUCGUCGUCGUCGUCGUCUGCCAGGGAGCCGCCGCAGCAGGCGUUGUUCGGUGCAGGAGGAACCUUGAUCGUGACCGUGCAAGGUGGCUUCCCGGAUACCCAAAGGGGCGUGCGUGGGUCAACAUCGGGGUAGGAGGUCAGUCGGGAUCUUCCUAUUCCUAAAUUGCAGCGAAAUUUCGAAGAAGGCUACUGCGACACAUGCAUAUACUGUAGGUUAGACCGUUGUUCACGACGUGCACGAGUUGGAUACAAUCAUACAAAACACCAUUUUCUUUU